AUGGCUUCAGAGCACCAAAUGGCCCAGGGCCCGGGUUCUCUUGCAUUGCCCGAUCCGCCUCCAGUGAACCUCCAGGUGCUGUCGCCAUCAGUCGGCGUUAAUCGACCUCUGAUGUUCCCUGGACUCUCGGCUGCCACGACCAUCAAGCAGCUCAAAGAGAAGAUCCGACAAAGCCUCCCCUUGCGGCCGUCUGACGAAAACCAGCGUCUCAUCUAUCGCGGCCGAGCGCUUCUACAUGAGACCGAUACUCUGCUAGAUGUGAUCGGAGGCGAUGUGUUUCGCCAACCCGACCUGCAUACAAUACAUCUUGUCCUAAGAGACGUCUCUGAUGGCGUAUCUCCAACGCCAUCUUUCUUAUCUGGCACCCAGAGUCCAGCUUUGGGAAGCCAGCCCCCAAACAACCAGUCUCCAAGCAGCCAGCGUCAGACACCUCCACAUCCCGCAUUUAUGGGACCUCCCGCUCCGCCUGGCAUGGCAAGAAGACCAGUGAUGCAGCCAGCUCAUCAGAAUGCCACGUUAUCUCAGCCUCAGGUGCCGUCACCGGCUCGCCCGCAUUCCCCAGCUCAUACUCCCGAGCAGGCGGCAGCUUUCCAGCAGCAACACCAAAGCAUGACGCAAUGGCUAACACAGAUCCAGAGAGAAGCCAUGGCUAGGAUGGUUCACCAGAAUCAGCGCGGGAGAGCUCAUUUCGGCAUGCGCGGUGUUGGCGACACCGCGGCUGUGAACUACGGGGGGCAUACUCCAGAGUCUAAUAGUGGGAGAGGAAGCCCGGCCCCAUCGCACACAGUUUAUCGAGAAAUCAUUGGACCCAACGGCCAAAGCUAUCAUGUAGAGACAAUGACCCGAACUGUAGCUGGUGGGCUUCCAGGAGCAUCUGCAUCGGCGCCGUCAAUUCCUGGCGUACUGACCCCUAAUGAUGUUCACAACAUUUUGCGAGGGGCAGACUCCAACCAGAUUCCCGCACCCUUGGCAAAUGCAUUGCAUCAAAGCGGCUUACGCCGAAGUGCUUCCAGUGCUUCGCUUCACAAUCGGGCGCUCAAUCAACCCUCCAUCACUACCUCUGUCUUCGCUAACGGUGGCUCUCGAGCUAGCAGCGGUCGAGCUACUCCAGACCUAGGGCUAAGGUCGGUUUCUGGCUCAUUUAUUCCCACCCCUACAUCUGCUCCUUCUCUUGCUCCGCCCCAGCCACGACAAGGCGUUGAUGUGUAUAUUCUGUCGUCUCCUGAAGGCCCUCGCGCCCUCCUCUUCAACGGCAAUGUGGCGGAGGCUUACUACACGCCCAGGUUGGCUAUGCAGCCGCCUAGCUAUCAUCCGCUUCGAAAUGCGACCAGCUUUCCAAGCUUGAUUCAGACGAUGCAGGCACAAAACAGGAAUGAUCAUCAUCAAACACAGCGCGUUGACGCAAGACAGGCUGCUCAAACCCACCAGGGCUCAGCGCCACAGCCUCCACAACAGCAACAACAACAACAACAGGUUCAACAGCCGCAGCCUUUGCAGCCUCCGCAGCAGGGUCAGCAACCGAGAAUUGCCCCUUUACAUGCUGGUAACCCGCCUGCAGCCGGGCUGGCUCAUCUGAUCGUGCAAUUAGCUCCUCAUAUCUGGCUUAUAGUACGCCUAGCCUUGUUUGUAUGGUUCUUUACGCCCGUCAACUCUAGUUGGUCAAGAUGGUGCACUGUUAUUGCUCUAGCAUUGUUCAUGUUUGCCCUCACCACUGGGCUCUUGGCUGGCUAUGCUGAGCAGGUCUGGCGACCAAUAGGACGAUAUCUCGAAAAUGUGCUACCUGGUAUGGAUCAUAGGAAUCCUGGACAAAGAGAGAAUGCAGACCGUGAUGGCGCUCCUAGAGCAGAGCGAAAUAGAAUGCCUGACCCUGCUGAGACGGCUGCCCGACUGCUUGCCGAGCGUCGCGGUCAAGAAUCGUGGCUCACAGGGCAAUUGAGGCGACUGGAGCGAGCGGGCCUCCUCUUCCUUGCCAGUAUUGCACCUGGAGUUGCGGAGCGCCAUAUUGCUAAUCAAGAAAGAGAAGCAAGGGCCCAGGAAGCGCGACGCAGAGAAGCCGAAGUUGCGGCGAGAGCGGCAGAGGCAGCAAUGGCCGACGCCAUGGCCGAUGCUAGAGCUGCCGUAGCUGCGGAAUAUCACGACGAUGAAGCCGUGCACGAGACAAGUGACAUCCAACAUCAAUCUGGGGAGCCAGAUGCGCAGCACGAUUACGAGGAUGCUGAACGAGACAGAGCCAUCCGUGAGGAAAUCUCUACCGCGUAG